CAAGUCUCGUGGUGAAUGGUCUGGAACGUCGUCCAGUCCUGUUUCGAAGAGUACAACGCAACGCCUAUGUUCUGCCUGUUGAUGUCUUUGGAGGUGGGGUCAGUUGAGUCAUCAAAGUCAAUCCAUCCAAAGUUCAACGGCAUUGAGAAUGAUUCUUUUGAGAAACAUGCAUCGAAUGUGGGUAUAAAUGACACCACAAUACAGUUCAUUCUGAAGUAGUCAAACUUUGCCCAGUCUCCUGUGAAGUUGCCCAACGUCCAGGUCCAGGAUUUCAUGUAGUCGUUGGUAGCUGUCACGUUAAAUGCGGUUUCAUAACGUAACACUACGUUGAAUUGUCCUGUAUGACUCCGCCUGUGGACGAAUGUCCUCCGGGGCCUUCUCCUCACGGCAGUGCGACGCCGUCCCGCCAGGGGGCGUCUGCGCACCACCCUCCUUCGUUUCAGAAAUCUGCGAAGAAGAGACAGUAUAAAUGGUCCGAGGUACCUGGGCAGUAUUACCCAGGUACCUCGGCACCCGGCACCAUGCCACCAACCCCAGAAUCCAGCCCUCAGCCUAGGAGUGAGGACUCUACACCUCGUAAAGGCAAAGGCAAGAAGAGAGAUAAUCCUGUGAAGAGAUGGUGUUUUACACUGAACAACUAUACGGAUGAAGAUCUUCAGCAUUUGAAAGAAGUCAUCACAGAAGAAUCUUGUCUUUAUGCUAUUAUUGGCAAGGAAGUUGGUGAAAAUGAGACUCCUCAUCUACAGGGGUUUGUCAAUUUGAAGGUGAAGAAACGUCUGUCUGCCAUGAAAACAUUGAUUUCUCCCCGUGCUCAUUUGGAACGUGCCAUGGGCAGUGGUGCGGAGAAUGAGAAAUAUUGUGGCAAAGAUGGAGAUAUUUACCUGACCAUUGGUGAACCGUCUUAUUCCGGUAAACGAACUGAUUUGGAGAGUGCUGUUUCGAUGCUGAGAGCCAGUAAGGGCGAUAUGCGGGAAGUUGCUGAUGCCUUUCCCUGUACUUAUGUACGGUAUGGGCGGGGUCUGAAUGCUUGGGUCGACGCUGCCCGCCUCCAGAAACCACGUGACUUCAAGACCAACGUGCAGAUCUGGGUGGGACCACCCGGAUGUGGAAAGUCACGUGCUGCUGCUACGCUUUGUCCUGACCCGGAUGAAGUGUUCUACAAGUCUCGUGGUGAAUGGUGGGAUGGCUAUAAUGGACAGUGUAAUGUCAUUAUUGAUGAUUUCUAUGGAUGGGUGAAGCAUGAUGAGAUGUUACGUAUAUGUGACCGCUACCCUCAUCGUGUCCCUGUUAAGGGUGCAUUUGUACAGUUCUUGGCUAAGAAUGUGUAUAUUACAUCCAAUAUCAUGCCUGAUGUAUGGUAUAAGUUUGAGAGUUACAACCCUGCUGCGCUUAUGCGUCGUAUUAAUGUGUUUCAGGUCUGGAACGUCGUCCAGUCCUGUUUCGAAGAGUACAACGCAACGCCUAUGUUCUGCCUGUUGAUGUCUUUGGAGGUGGGGUCAGUUGAGUCAUCAAAGUCAAUCCAUCCAAAGUUCAACGGCAUUGAGAAUGAUUCUUUUGAGAAACAUGCAUCGAAUGUGGGUAUAAAUGACACCACAAUACAGUUCAUUCUGAAGUAGUCAAACUUUGCCCAGUCUCCUGUGAAGUUGCCCAACGUCCAGGUCCAGGAUUUCAUGUAGUCGUUGGUAGCUGUCACGUUAAAUGCGGUUUCAUAACGUAACACUACGUUGAAUUGUCCUGUAUGACUCCGCCUGUGGACGAAUGUCCUCCGGGGCCUUCUCCUCACGGCAGUGCGACGCCGUCCCGCCAGGGGGCGUCUGCGCACCACCCUCCUUCGUUUCAGAAAUCUGCGAAGAAGAGACAGUAUAAAUGGUCCGAGGUACCUGGGCAGUAUUACCCAGGUACCUCGGCACCCGGCACCAUGCCACCAACCCCAGAAUCCAGCCCUCAGCCUAGGAGUGAGGACUCUACACCUCGUAAAGGCAAAGGCAAGAAGAGAGAUAAUCCUGUGAAGAGAUGGUGUUUUACACUGAACAACUAUACGGAUGAAGAUCUUCAGCAUUUGAAAGAAGUCAUCACAGAAGAAUCUUGUCUUUAUGCUAUUAUUGGCAAGGAAGUUGGUGAAAAUGAGACUCCUCAUCUACAGGGGUUUGUCAAUUUGAAGGUGAAGAAACGUCUGUCUGCCAUGAAAACAUUGAUUUCUCCCCGUGCUCAUUUGGAACGUGCCAUGGGCAGUGAUGCGGAGAAUGAGAAAUAUUGUGGCAAAGAUGGAGAUAUUUACCUGACCAUUGGUGAACCGUCUUAUUCCGGUAGUCCAUAUUGUCUCUUGGUCCUUUCUGAUCCAUGCCACUGUAGCACUUAUCUGUGCAGCCCAGUAAUAGCUUUUGAGAUUUGGUAAACCUAAACCUCCCUUGUCUUUAGGUAGGUGAAGAGAUUUCAAUCUUAUCCUUGGUCUCUUCUUUUGCCAUAUAAAUGUUGAAACUAAUCUAUCUAACAUUUUUAAUGUGGCAACUGGUACUCCAAUAGGGAGGGAUUGAAACAAGAAGAGAAGUCUCGGUAGUAGAUUCAUUUUUACCGUCUCUAUUCUUCCUAGGAGGGACAGUGCCAUAAUUUCCCACCGUGCCACAUCAUUUUUAAUUUGUUUAAUUAAUUUGUUGUAAUUUGCCUCAAAUAGUUGGGUGGGAUUAGGGGUAAUAAUUAUUCCCAAAUACCUAAAUCCUUGUUUAGACCAGCGAAAGGAGACACUAUUAUUCAGUUGCGUAGGCCAGAUGCCUGAAAUCAUCAUGGCUUCUGAUUUAUUUUCAUUAAUUUUAUAUCCGGACACUCUUCGUGCAAGGUUUUCAUAAGUGCAGGAAUGGAUUUUUUUACAAAAAGUAAAAUGUCAUCCGCAAACAGAGCUAGUUUAUGAAUUGAGCCUCCUUCAUCUGCUAUCCCUUGAAUUUGAGCAUUUUGGCGUGUUGUCUCUGCCAGAGGCUCGAUACUGAUAGCAAAUAAGAUGGGUGACAGUGAGUCUCCUUGUCUCACCCCUCGUUCAAUCCUAAAAAAGCUAGAACAGUGACCAUUAACUCUAACUUUCGA